AUGAAAGAUAUGGAUAUAUCACAUUGCUGGAGCAUUGCAGCGCCCUACUACUUCAAUCAUGUUUGGAGAUGCAACUUCAAGUCUCCUCUUGGUGUGUUCAAGAACUAUCACUUGAAAAUUGGAGAAUGCAUCAUCCAAACUGAUCUUACUGUCAUGGAGAUGGAAGAAGAGAAGGAUCUACCUCUGCUAUUGGGAACCCCAUUCCUUAGCACAGUUGGCGCUUCAAUAGACUUUCACAAGCAAGAAGUGAUUCUUCACAAGGAAGCUCUCAAAAGAAGGGGAGGAUGCAGCCUCAAAGGCACUUGUGGGAGAGAAAAGAAAGAACCCACCAGCUCAGGUUUCCUCAACAAGCCAUCUCAGCUCACAAUGACCUUGUUCCCCACCAAGUUUGAAAAUGGGAAGAUUGAGUACAAGAUAAGGUACAAGGGGAGAUCAAGACCAUUCUCUAGAGCCAAGGCCUUGGUCACUUCAGAGCAGUCCAGGGAUCCAACCAAGCUAAAGGAGCUUCUGUCUCAAGUCCUCACUAUCACCCUUGAUGGUGGGACUAGCUCAACCAAUGCCUAA